GUGGGUAAAUUAGUUAUCAUUGCACGUCCCAGUGACUCAAAGAUGCUUGCUAUUAACCUCCAAAUGCGAGUAUAAAGUAUCGGAGGGCCAGCUCUGAAGUAUCAUUCAGCUCUAUAGCAGCUCAACGACAAAACCUCAACCAACAAAAUGUUCAAACUGUUCAUCUUCGCUUGCUUUGUGGCCAUGUGCGCCGCCAACCCUAGUCCCAAGGCCGACCCUAAGGCUGACCCCAAGGCUGACCCAUCCCUCAUCGCGCCUGUAGCCUACACGGCCGCCUACACCGCGCCCGUCGCCUACUCCGCCGCCUACACCGCCCCCGUCGCCUACUCCGCUGCUUACACCGCGCCCCUCGCCUACUCCCCGUACUACGCGUCUCCCUAUGCUGCUUACUACCUGCGAUGAUUUGAAAAGCUGACAUGAAGAUGACUGUUUACAAUGAUUAUUAGUUGAAGACCAAAAAUAAAUUAUUUAUUAUUGCAG